GGAUCAACUAGCUUGAUUUUUGUUUUGUUUUUUCAUGAAUGCUUAUCACAUUUAUAUAUCAAAAUUAUUUGGAAGAAGGUAAUGGAAAAUGCAAGGCCAAGGGAAGGAGAAUUAGCUUUCUUUUUUUCUUUCACAUAUUUGUGUAUGGUAUCACCGUCGCUUUAAUAAGUUUCUUCCAUGGGAAACAAGAUGAAGGGGAUCAUCAAAGGAUUCAAAUAUAUGUUUAAUAAUUUUGCGGUGAAGGAGAGGGAGUUGGAGAUUGGAUGUCCAACUGAUGUUAAACAUGUGGCACAUAUUGGCUGGGAUGGCCAAUCUGGCAAUGCACCAAGUUGGAUGAAUCAAUUCAAGAAAGGGCCUGAUUUUGCAGCAGCUUCUAUUGGUAAUUCUGGUUCUUCCCUUUCUCCAUGGACUUCUCAAGGAGUUGGAGAGUCAAAUGAAGCGCAAUCAACAUGUGAGACUAACAAGGAGGUUAAUGUUAAGAAGCAGAGGAGGAGGAAGUCCAAGACAACUUCCUCACCAAAAUCUAGCUCAUCAUCAAGAGCAAUGAAAUCCAAGGCUAAAUUUGUAAAAGAACAAUCCAAACCAACAAACAUAGAAGUGGCUUAAUGUUAGAACCAAAAACAAAAAUGAAUCUUGUUUUUUCCUAUCGAAGUUUUUU